AUGAAAUCAAUCAUCCUCCUCCUUGCUGUGAGCGCAACCACACUCGCUGCUAGCAUCCCUCGGUCUAGCAUCCCUCAGGACAACCUGCUAUACCCCUACGCCACAUACCGCUACUGGGUCCAAACCGGACAGUUCAAAGAAGAUCCGCAGGAUCAACUGCUGGUCGUGAAAAACGGCAACCCGGCUGACGAAACUACCACCAUCGUCACCUUCGACGUCACCCCCGAUCUGCAGGGCAAGCGAUGCAAGCUGCUCUUCGACUUGUGGGAGCGUGACGUAUCCACUGGCUCUAACCAGACGGACGUUUUCACCGCUACUAAGCCGACGGGCGCGAGUCUGCAGAGCAAGGACAAGGCCGCCGUGCAGGCACUAUCCAGGGAGACCGCGGAGAUGGUCGUCCAAUCGCGUGAUGUGCACACGGGCAGAAUAAAGGUGACGGCCCCUGGCCAGGCGGAGUGGGUUCUUUCUUAUGAUGGGUAUCCCGAGUUUGAUUGUCCUGCCGGGACUAUGGCCGGGUUUGAGUUUGUCGGGGUCUAUGAUGAGGUGGCUAUUAGGUGGGAUAUUGGCGUGACUGGACCCAGGGUACAGGUUUUGUAA